UCUACUGUUACACCAUGGUCAAGGUAGAAAUUGUCGACGAGAAGGAACACCAUUCGCCCUAUGCUUCCGAUUCAGAUGCUAGAACAGCCUCUACAGAUUCUCUUUCCUCCGUUGAAUCUGACCUUUCAGCGGAUGAAUCCUUCUUCGACCGCGUCUCCGCUUUGGUCGACAUUGUUCCCCCAACAACACGCCACAAAAUCUCAAACCGUGUCGCCUCGACUGCCAGCUUUGUGCAGAAAACAGGAAAAAUUGUCGGGAACCUUGUCUGGAUAGUAACAACGUCUGCACUCCUCGUUGGUCUUCCAAUGGCCCUCAUAUUAGAGGAUGAGGCAAAAUUAGUCGCGCAGGAACAAGAGAUGCAGGAGCAACAGGCGGGAGCUCAGCAGAUGAUGUCUCCCAAUGCCAUGUAUCCUUCACCCUCUGGUUCCCAAUCAAAACCUCUGGUACCGCCCGGAUUUUGAAGUGUUGGACCGUUCUUCAUAGAACUGUAAAGACGUAGCCACCUAGAAAAGGGACAUUUCAUCCUAAC